AUGGGGAAUGAAUCUGACGCCGAUCUUACUUGCCAUCGAUACGUCGAUGACCAUCCUGAUCUCACAAAUGAACCAGUUAUCAUGCUCAUCUUUGCUGUACUCUAUGUACACAUCUUCGUACUGGGGAUUCUCGGAAAUGUAGCUGUACUGUACUUGACCUUAAAAAAUCGCCAUCUUCAAUCCGUCCAGAAUAUUUUUAUUCUGAAUUUGGCGGCCAGCGAUGUACUGAUGUGCCUUACAUCACUGCCAAUCACACCAAUCACUAACGUCUACAAGACUUGGUUCUUUGCGUCGCCUGUCUGCAAGUUGAUUCCACUUGUUCAGGGUGCUUCCGUAUUUGUCUCCACAUUUUCUCUGUCUGCUAUAGCGUUGGACAGGUACAACCUUGUUGUUCGUCCACAUCGUCAUCCUUUGAGAUCCAGAGGAGCUUCCGUAGUUGCCUUGCUAUUGUGGAUAAUAUCUGCACUAGUGUGCAUGCCCUAUGGGUGGUAUAUGGAUGUGGUGCGUAUAAACGGAUUAUGCGGAGAGUUCUGCACAGAAAGAUGGCCGUCACCGGAAGUACGGAAAGGCUAUGCGUUAAUGGUUUUGGUGAUGCAGUUCAUACUUCCGUUCGCAACAAUGGCUGUGUGUUACUAUACGAUCUUUGCUAGGCUGAGAGAAAGGACUGAAUCCAAACUGAAGAAACUUACCGAGAGGACGCAAUUGCUUGAAAGUGCUAUUGGAAGUUCAUCCCCACCGGGCAAAAACGAAGCAGGAGGUAAUCCAUGCAGUUUUGAAGAACAGCAGCGUCUUUCAGUAUUAGCAUCUCAACGUAGGACCACAACCAUUCUUGCAUCAAUGGUACUGCUAUUCGGUUUCACAUGGCUUCCGCACAAUGUUUAUGCAUUAAUCAUGGAGUACGAUGAAGGGAUCUUCCAUGAUGGUGAGAGCGACAACACGUACAUCGUCUCAAUGAUUGCUCAUCUUAUCUCGAUGACGACGAACGUUGCAAAUCCGAUACUGUACGCGUGGUUGAAUCCCUCAUUUAAAGAAAUGCUACUCACGUCAAUUAGAGGCAAAGUGAGGAAUCAAGGCAAGCUAACAGCAAAGGAUACGAUAAUUAGGGUCUCAAAACCCAGUACAACUCAGGAGAAAGCCUUCUGA